AUGGUUUCAGCCCCAACAGCUCCAACAAUUCCCUUAAACGAAACGGUUGAUGAGGCGCCUGUGUCUGAUCCUCAAGAAGAAUUACCCGAAUUCUUAGUUGCACAACAACCUCAGGCACCGACGAAUGUUACAGAUAACAGUCCAGACUACCAGCUGACCUCAUCCAAUAGAAAUUUCGCCACUCUGGGAAUAUCUUACAACUCAGGAAUUUUUGGCACGAAUCCUGCAGGCCUUGGAACCCCAUACCAAUCGCACAUUCCCAAUGCAAAUCCCGCGAGUUUUGAAAUUACAGAGGUACAACGCCCAUAUGUACUGGAAAAUAACCGGGUUCGUUGUUCCAACCAUGGUGAUAAUCAUGUGGAUGCGCAACCGGAGACUGAUCGUCUCCAAGGAGAGGCAGAUUUGCAAGAGUGUUAUUUUGCUUCCUGCAACCAAGAGGAAGACGCAUCGGUCGUCCAAGGUGCAUCAUUCAGAGCAACGAAUGCUAGGGCGCGGCAAUUUAAUAUUCCUGAUCAGCAUCAAGCGGAAGAACAUCAUCAUCCAAGCCCUAUUGUCAACAAUGGCUACGAUACCCUCCAAAUCGCUCAGCAUCCUGAUGACACAUACACAUAUGAUUUCGAUAAUUUCCUUCCAGCAACACCUGACUGGAGCGGCUGGUAUUAUGAUUUUAGCAGUAAUUUUAGAUGA